ACCAAGCGAACCAACAACCACGCCGUCUACGUCACUCAACGUCGCUCAGCGUCGUUCACAAAGCCCCAUUCGUCCAGUCUAGAGUGAACACAUAAGGUCCUGGGUUCCGCCAUGUCUCUCCGCGCGACCUCUCUCGCGAUGUUGCCGAGUGUUCCCCCCACGCCGCGCCACCGCGCAGCCCGCAUGCGGGGGGGUAGAACCGGAGUUUAGGCGUCAACCGCCCCGAUCCAUGUUUCGAUCCACGUGUCGAUCCAUGCCCACCCAUAGCGACAGCCAUUGAGGCGCCUCUUAGCGCGGCGCCCAUGCGCGCACCUCGCCGCCAUGCCCCUCGCCUGCCUCCUGCGCCUCUCCGCCCGCCGCUGCCGCCACUCCGCGGAUCGCACGCGCAGCGCGCUUCUCCCCUCGCCCCGCGCCCACACCUUUGACGCUGCCGCCUUCCGUCCCGCACUCCCUCUCCCCCCACCACUCAGCCCACUCCCGCCACACUCCCACUCCCACACCCACACGCUCAUCUGUCGCCUCCUCCGCAUCCCCACUUCCCGCCAACCGCCCCUUCUGUCGCCGUCACUACAACCACCGUUACAGUCACCACCUGUACAAUCACAACCUGCAGUCCUCACAUUCGCCCCAUCCGCACACCCACACGCCCUUUUGUGUUUUGAGGCGCCUCAUAGUGUCCUCCCAUGUCCACAGCCGCAUGCCUCCCCGCACUGCCGUCCCCUUCUCCCUGACCACCACCGCCUUUCUCCUCCUGCGACCCAACUUGAGGUGCUGCCACGUGUCCGUAUUCCAUUGGCAGUGGCACGGCCUGUGGCAGCAGGGGUCCUUAGAGGGGAGAGGUUCAUGGGGAGUACUGUAGGGUGGGGGGGGUGUGAGAGGGGUACGAGAAGACGAGGAGAGGGGGGUUGGGGGAGAGGAGUGCGGGGGGGAGUGGAGAGAUGCGUGGGGAGAGGAGGUGUAGCAGCAGCAGGAGAAGCUGCAGCAGGAGCAGCAGCAGCGGCAGGAGGAGGAGCCAGAGGUGGGGUGGGAGAAGGGGAGGGAUUGGCGUGGGCAUGGAUACAGGCAAGGCGGCUACAUGGUGGGGCUGUGGUGAUGGGGGAGAUUGAGAGGGUGAGGAGAGAGGCGGAGGUGGAGAGAGAGGAAGGGGGAGGAAGAAGAAGAGGAGGAGGAAGAAAUGAGGAGGGAGUGAGGAGCGGAGUUAUGGGAGAAGGGGGGGACUUGUGGGAAGAUGCGGAGGACGAUGACCAGAGGCAGGGGAGGGGGGUGAGGGGUAAGGAGACGGUGGAGGAGGAGGAAGAGGAAGAGGAGGAGGAGGAGGGUGGCGAUGCGGAAGAGGAAGGGUUGGAUUUGGAGGAGGCGGUAUUUGAGGGCGGUGGGGGGAAAGGUGACAGCGCACUAGGGUACAACGCAGGCUCCCUGGAGAGUCUAUGGUCGUGCGUGCAGCAUCUGCCGGAGGGUGCAACGCGCCUGCUGCCCACCGUGCUGACGUGGCACAGCCAGCAUGCAGACGGGAGCGGCCGCCCGCUCCCGAAAGCCCUGUUGCUGGCACUGAUUCGGCGGCUGAAAGACAGCCUCCGACACGUGCACGCGUUCGAGGUGGGAUGGGAUGGGAGAGGGGAAGGGGGGAAGGGGGGAAGGGGGAAGGGGGGAAGGGGGGAAGGGGGGAAGGGGGAAGGGGGGAAGGGGGGAGGGGGGAGGGGGGAGGGGGGAGGGGGGGAGGGGGGGAGGGGGGGAGGGGGGGAGGGGGGGAGGGGGGGAGGGGGGAGGGGGGGAGGGGGGAGGGGGGGAGGGGGGGAGGGGGGAGGGGGGAGGGGGGAGGGGGGGAGGGGGGAGGGGGGGAGGGGGGAGGGGGGGAGGGGGGGAGGGGGGAGGGGGGGAAGGGGGGAAGGGGGGAAGGGGGAAGAUUCAGGAAUCGGAGCACCUGGUGCGCAGCCCACACUACUGCUGGGCAAGGUAUCAGAGUACCUGGUGCGCAGCGCGCACUACUGGCUGGGCAAGGCCGACUGGAAGCUGCUGCUGGACGUGUGCGUGCGCGCAGGCCGGGUCACGCGGGCAGAAGAAAUGUUCACGCUGCUGCCCAGAGACCUGCAAACGGAGGAGGUGUACAUGAGCAUUCUGCACAACUACGCGCGGCGGGGGCUGGUGCGGCGUGUGGAGUCGCGCGUGGUGAUGCUGCGAGCGCUGGGCGUGCGCGAGAGUGCGCUGAGCUUUGAGGCGCGCAUGAUGGCAUAUGCGGUCAGGGGCAUGGCGGGGGACGUGGAGCGCGUGGCGCGGGAGAUGGCGGACAAGGGCAUCCCCCCCACUCCAGCGGUGUACGAGCACCGCAUGCAGGCCUACGCGCGUCGCCUGCACCUCCCAGCCAUCCGCGCCCUCCUGCACCACCUCUCCCACUCGCCCCACCCCCCCUCGCUCCCCACGCUCACAGCCGCCGCAUGGGCGUUCUUCUCCAGGGGAAAACUUGGGGAGGCGGAGAGGGUAGUGGGGGAGAUGCGGACAGUGCAGGCGGGGAGGGGGGAGGGGCUGCCGGUGCCGCUGCUGGUGGGGCUGGCAUGGGCGUAUGCUCGUGUGGGGGACGUGCGGCGCGUGGAAGGUGCGGUUGAAGAGGCGGGGAGAGUCAAGGCGAACGACCUCAGCAUUAUGCACAUGGCCCAAAUCUACUGCUAUGCUGUAGCUGGCCGAGUGGAAGACGCAGAGAAGGCGUUCUCAGUCAUGCAACAAGCGGGCCACGCCCCUACAACAGCCGCCUACAACUGCCUGCUCCCCGCAUACACGCGCACCCAUCUCAUGCACAAGGCGCUCUCGCUCCUCGCCGACAUGCGCGCCUCCCACAGGCUCCCCGAUGCCAUCACCUACCACCACCUCAUUACAGGCGCACUCCAUAACGAGGAUACGGAUGCUGCUGUGAGUCUGUUGUUGCAGGCAGCGGCGGCGGCAGCGGCGGGGCAUCCCUGGUCAUGGGGCAAGAGGGGGGCGAGCUGGGGUGAUGGUCCCAACCCCGUGCUUGACGCUUUGGUGGAGGGCUGCGGGAGUGAGUGGGGAGUGAGAGAGGGAGGCAGUGUGGGUGCGCCGAGCAGUGUGGGGACUGGUGGGUGGGUGCAUGGAGGGGGGGUGGUGGGUGGGCGCAGGGCAGAGAGGGGCAGGCGGAGGUUACAGGUGCGGGUGGGGCUGUUUCUGGCUGUGGUAGAGCGGUUGGCGGAGGCAGGGGACAUGGAGAGGGUGGAGAGGGUAGUGAGUGAGGUGGGGCGGGGCAUGUAUGCCAUGGAUGCUAAGUUGUACAAUCUGGUGCUCCGGGCUGUGCUGCGAGGGGCGGCGCGAGUGAAGGUGGGGGAGAAGGGAGCGGGUGGGAUUGGAGAUGGCAGAGGCGGAGUAGAGAGAAGGGAGGAGGAAGGGGGAAGUGAGGUGGUGGGUGGGGAAUCGGGGCGAGAUGGGGAGGAUGGGGGUGGCAGCUGUGAUACCAAUCAUGGCAGCAUUGAGAGGGAUGGUGUUGGUUUGGAGGAGCAAGGGCAGCAGCAGAGAUUAGAGGAUGGUGUGCGGCGGGUGUUGAGGUUGUUGCGAGCGUCAAGAACACGGCCUAAUGCGGAAACACAAAGCAUUCUUGCAAAUGCUGGGCUACUGAGAGUGUUCCAAGAGGAGGGACUCUCCCCUGGCCUCGUGCCACGGUGAUGCUGGCCAUGGUUCAGUGUGAAGACUCGCAACUCAAGGGUGGACACUGGACAUGCUCAAGAGACAAGCAAAUCUGAUGCAGCUUACCACUUUUGCUUCGCAUAACCUUGAAAUUAUGCGAGCAACCUUGGUUGUAUUGGUGCGAAGCCAAGUGUUGGAAAUAUCUCAAGGACUUAAGCGUUUCUGAAGUGUAACACUGUACUCGAGGAAGAUUACAGGGGAGCACGCGAGUCAACGGAGGUUACACGAGGGGGCGGACAAAGAAAGCGAAAGGACUCGAAAGGUCGCAACUGGAGGUUGCGACUGACCGUUACAACAUCACAGAUGGUAACCGAAGCGGCAAUCGAGUCGCUGUGCGACUCGAUAAACCGCUCCUGUAACUGUAUUCUACAACUGCUUUCUUAUCUUCUAUAUAUUGCUGACUUAAGCGUUUCUGAAGUGUAACACUGUACUCGAGGAAGAUUACAGGGGAGCACGCGAGUCAACGGAGGUUACACGAGGGGGCGGACAAAGAAAGCGAAAGGACUCGAAAGGUCGCAAUUGGAGGUUGCGACUGACCGUUACAACAUCACAGAUGGUAACCGAAGCGGCAAUCGAGUCGCUGUGCGACUCGAUAAACCGCUCCUGUAACUGUAUUCUACAACUGCUUUCUUAUCUUCUAUAUAUUGCUGUAUGCUUGUUUCUUUAAUCAAUCACUUGUUCUCAC